AGGCAACGCGGACUCUCUCUCUCUUCUUAACUCUCGCCUCUCCAUUAAAUUGUUGUAUCUCCUUGCCCUGUGAGACGACGGUUGUUUCCAAGUGUGCGACGCAACGGCUCUGCUCCACGUCGCCGGGCGAGAUUUCACAGAAACUGAUAUCCGCAAGCCCACUUCACACUUUGCGGACCGCGCGUCUGUUUUUAACGACUCCCAAGCGCACGGCCCUCCAUCCACCCAUCACUUUCUGCAUACGACCCAUGUUCCAUCGGACAUGUCACGCUCUGUGCGGGGUGUCGGCGCAGCGCUACAAGACGACCAUCACGUCGGAAACACGCAAGGCGAUCGCCGGUUUGGAUGCGGAUGUCUUUGGGUUCUCCCGUGCAGAGUGCGGUGGGCCGGUGCCGGCAAAGCUCCUAGGCCGUUUCCGCAUCACCGACCACGUUUUCCUCAACACGGCUGUGCCGCCGACAGAGUGGGCAAAGCGGACGCAGAACGUGGCGUUGUACGCGGCACUCGAAAGAAAGCUCCGCGAAGAGCUGCCUUCUGCGAGCAUCGCCGUCUGUCACACGCCAGACUACCCCGCGAACAUCGUCUUCCGCUUUCACCUGGACAGCUCCGCCCGCGGGCAGUGA